AUGCCGGCCACCUCACCGCGGUGCCAGGGUCCAGUACCCCGUCCAGGGGGAAGCCAAGAGCCCGCAUUAUACUCAGUCGCUGUUGACUGGGGCGGGCGGCAGGCUAUCGGCAACCAGAGAGGGAGCAAGCAGCAUCACCGGCGCUCUGGGGUGAAUGAAAGAGGAAGAAGGCUCUCCUGCACGUGCAAACGUGCUCUCUGUAGUAUUUGCCGGCUCCUCUUGCUCACUAGCGGGGAUGUCGAGCAGAACCCUGGCCCGUUAAUUCGCGGAGCCCAAUGGAAUGUAGGUGGAUUAACUCCGCCGAAGCGUCUCGCAUUGGAAAAUUUGCCCUACGACAGCAAGGUGGCCUUCUGUCUCCUGUCGGAGACGCAUUUCAAC